AGAAUGACUCGCAUUCAUCUCUGAAGCGAAGACUUCCUAAACUCAGAGCGCGGCCGCUGCUCUGCUGAUCACUGAGAGCGCAAAGGCUUUUCACUUUCAUCUGGGAAAAGGGAUCUCAUCAUCUGUCUCUGUCGUCAUGGCGACCGUGAUAGCCCCAGAGGACAGGAUGCAGGGCCAGUGAGGAGGCCGGACGUCUGAUUGCAGAAGUACAUGCUCCUCAAGUGCCCUUAGAGAGAGAGAGAACAACAGAGAGGCAAUGGAGGAGGAGAGCAGGGUGAACGGCUUCCGACUGAGCUCAGGCAGGAGGAGCUCGGACUGGGGGCGCAUCGGCCUCCUGGACAAGACCAAGGAGUUCUUCCAGACCUGCGACGUGGAGGGCAAAGGCUUCAUCACCCGCACCGACAUGAGGAGGCUCCACAGGGAGCUGCCGCUGUCUGCGGCCGAGCUGGAGGACGUGUUCGAUUCCCUGGACACAGAGCAAACAGGUUACCUCACGCUGGAGGUCUUCUCCUCAGGAUUCAGUCAGUUCCUGCACGGCCGAAGGAUCUCCAUCACCGACGACCACAGCACCCGGGCCCCCAGCCCCACGUGCAGAGCCAACGAGGCCCUCUACCAGAGCCAGUGGGAGGCCAAGCUGUCAGGAGGCGAGGACGAGGAGGAGAGGCACUUCUCCAUGCUGCUGGACACCCUGGGAGCCAGUCACGUGUUCGAGGAUCCAGGUGAGGUGCGCAGUCUGUGGGCGGAGCUCCGGCGAGACGAGCCUCACCUCCUGUCCAACUUCGAGGAGUUCCUGGCCAGGGUCACCCACCAAAUAAAAGAGGCCCACCAGGACAAGAAAGAGAUGGAGAGCGCCCUCCAGAGGAAGUCCGCGACACACGACAGCGAGAUCCGCCAUCUGUACGAGGAGAUGGAGUCGCAGAUCAAGAACGAGAAAGACCGGCUGCUGCUGAAGGACUCUGAGACUCUUCAGCUGCGCAGCCACGACCUGGAGCACCAACUGGUUUCAAAGGAGAAGGAGCUGGAGCAGAUUUUCCAGAAACAAAAGAGGUUGGAGCUCCAGUGCCGCGAGCUGAGCAGCGAGAAGCAGGAGAGCCACGUGGAGAACGUCAAGCUGAAGAUGACCAACGACGAGCUGCUGCGGGCGCUGGCGAGCACCAGCCAGGAGCUGGGGCUGGCCCAGGAGCAGCUGACCAUGCUGCAGGAGCAGGCCGCCCGGCUGCACCAGGAGAAGGAGAUGGAAAUGUACAGAGUAACCGAGGGCCUGCAGAGAGAGAAGCAAAGUCUCAUGAAGCAGCUUGACCUCCUCAGAGAGAUGAACAAACAUUUGAAGGACGAGCGAGACAUCUGCGCUGGUGUGCCUCGAACGUCGCUCCGGAAGAAGCAGAAGCAGAGAGCGGGCCUCGGCAGCAUGUUCGACGACACCAGCCUGCCGCUGAAAAGUGAGGAAGAUACCCCCAAUAUCCCCACAACCAAUACCUUCUCCUCCUCCUCCUCCUCCUCCUCCUCCUCCAUCCCCGUGGUCAGCACCCCGGCGUGUCAGCAGCGCCCGGCCGCCAAGAAGAACUCCAGCUUAUCCAACGGCUGCGCCAACUCCGCUCCUCCCAAAGUUCACGAUGUGAAGACGAAAGCCAAGAGGUGGCCCAGCAAGAUGGCUCCCGUGAAGAGGGUGACGAGGAAAGACAGAGAACGAGGGAGGCGAGUGGAGGUGGAGAAGAAGCCGGGGGUGGAGGAGGAGGGGCUGGACUCCCCAAUAGACGGCUGGCCCCUCCGUCGGGUCAUCUCCAUCGAGGAGGACCACCUGCCCCACCUGCUCCUGGGCGGGCCCCAGCUCUUACUGCACCAGCUCAGUGAGGAGGAGGAUGAGGAGGACGACGAUGAGGAGGAGGAAGAUGCAGCGGCAGCACAGGGCGACAUUGAACCUACUGUUGUGAUGACAGAAGACGUCCCCGCCCCCCCGACCUCCAGUCGUCUUCCGGUGCCGGCGGAAGCUCACUCGGCGAGGAAAUCCCGCCUUGGCCUGGCCAAAAAGACGCCUACCUCUCCGAGAGGACAGCCUGUAGGGAAGGAGACGCAACAAAGGACCAGAGAAGUGGAACUCUUCGCCCCGGACCGCCUCUUCAAAGUCGUCCUGGUCGGUAACUCCAGCGUGGGCAAGACGUCGCUGCUGCGCUCCUUCUGCGAGGGCCGCUUCCACCCGGCCACCACCGCUACUGUGGGUGUUGACUACAGUGUGAAGACACUAACCCUGGACAGCAUGCAGGUAGCCAUGCAGCUCUGGGACACAGCGGGUCAAGAGAGGUACCGCAGCAUAACCAAGCAGUUCUUCCGCAAAGCCGACGGCGUGGUGGUGAUGUACGACGUCACGGUGAAGGAGAGCUACUCGGCCGUUCAACCCUGGCUCGUCAACGUCCAGGAAGCUGCAGGAGAAGGGAUCCCUGUCCUCCUUAUAGGCAAUAAAAUGGACAUGGAUGGAGAGAGGGAGGUGUCAUUUAAAGAAGCCGAGCAACUGGCUUAUGACAACAAGGUGAUGUUCUUCGAGGUCAGUGCCUACACAGGCAAGAACGUGACCGAGUCACUGACGCACCUGGCCAGAGUGUUAAUGGAGCAGGAGGACCGGGUGAGAGACACGACAGUCAGCCUCAGUGCUCAGCCCGUGAAGAAGAAGGCCUGCUGCAAGUGAAGACUCACUAAACGACACAAAGAAAACAGCAAAAACUUUUGGAAGAUAUCGGCUUCUGAUCACUUCAGAACCUGCAUUAUUAGAAGAGAUCAGUGAAAUCAGUUUUCUACUUGUGUAAAGGACCUUGACAUAGAACACAGUGCAGUGAUCUGCAGUGAAACUAAGGUGCUGCACUAUUUCAUGUAAAUAACGCUUUGAUGCCAUAUUACAGUUGUGCGGUCAACAAGAUUUAAGGUACAAAUAUUUUCUGUAAAAUAAUUACUUUCAAUAACCUUCACUGAGGAGAAAAAUCAUAAAUAUACUUUAGGCUUUUUAUAACUGAGUUUUAGCAUUGAAGUCUGAACCCUGUUGACACUACUGCAGAUAUAUAUAUAUUAUUAACGGAUAUUUUCACUCCGUUUAAAAAAUAAAAUAAAAGAAUUCUCCGUCCACACGAUCCUAGUUUUGCAAAAAAUCUCCGUCCAGAUGAAGUAACAAAAACGACUUCUAAUGCUCAAACAACCAUGCCGGGCCAGUAGGUGGCGAUAUAGUCUACAUCAACAAAUGUCAAAUAACAGUGGAGAACAUUGUGAGCAUGCUCAGUGAGUUUCUUCUCUUGUCAACCUUUCUCUUGUAUAUAGUUUGUAAAAAAUAUAUAAUUUUAGUGACUUAAAUAAUUUCCUUCUGAACAAGAGGCCUAAACAUUUUGUUUUGCAAAAUAUCAGCGUUAGUUUGCACACGGGCUAAAUUUUCUUACUACGUCUCUGGUGAAGCUAAACCUUAAAUAUAUUAUUCAAAAUUCGUUGAAAGGGUUUUAAAUCAAAAUGAAAUCAAUAGAAAGAGAAAAUGUUUUCCUUUGAUUCUUUGUCAUUUUUAUUCAUCAGGUUCUUUGUUCACGUUCUUCCCGACACAAAGCGGUUCAUGACGUCUGUGUGUUGGUUCCUGCCCGGAGACGUUGUUCUGUUUUAUUCUGGCACCAAAGUACAGUUGUUCUGAAUCAUUUUCCUCGAUGAAAAGAAAUAAAUGAAUAACAGUU